UUGACAAAUAUUGGGGGGAGUGUAAUUUGUUAAUGUCUAUUGCAUGUGUUUUAGAUCCAAGGAUGAAAUUAAAUGGUAUUAAGAUAACUUUUCCCUUAUUGUAUAAAACACCAAGUGAUGUUGAAAAGAAUGUGGAGAAGGUGAAAAGGGCAUUAGAAGAUUUAUAUCUUGAUUAUGUGAACUUGUAUAGUCAAGAUGCUUCUUCUACUAGUGGACAUAGUGAAGUCAAUGUUGAAAGCAGCACUCUGGUUGAUGGUGGACAACAAAUGGAUAAAGGGAUGCAAGAAUUAUUGAGUAUGGUCUACCAAAGUCAAUCAAUUCCUCUUACGAAAUCAGAGUUGGAGGCUUAUCUUGAGGAAAAUCUUUUUAUUCCUUCUUCUACUUCAUCCUUUUGUACCUUGGCGUGGUGGAAAAAUAAUAGUCCAAAGUUUAAAGUUUUAUCAAAGAUGGCUUCUGAUAUACUAGCUGUUCCUAUUUCAAGUGUGGCAUCUGAAUCCACAUUUAGUGCCGGGGGAAGAGUCAUUGAUGAAUAUCGUGCUAGCUUAAAUGAGGAAUCUAUUGAAGCUCUUAUUUGUGGUGGGGAUUGGCUUCGUAACAAGUACGGGCUGAAGAAAAAACAAAAGGGAGAUUCUGGACAACAGGAGAUUAUGUUGAAGCCAUGACUUGUUUCAUUUUAUGUUUGAAUGCUAUUGUUGUUAUUAUGUUUAAUGUUUCAUGUUUGUAUUGUGAACUUAUGAUUUCUGUUGUUGUUAAACUUGUGAGUUGUGAAUUUGUGAUGGACUUUUGUAUUAUGG